UACCUCAGACCCUCCAUGCUCCAGCAUCUGCUGCGCCGACUGGUGUUUGACGUCCCGUUGUUGUCUGAAUACUGUAAGAUGCCUCUAAAGCUGUUGACGAAUCAUUACGAGCAGAACUGGAAGUAUUACUGUCUGCCGUCCGGAUGGGGGAGUUACGGUCAAGCGUCCGAGGAGGAGCUGCUACUUACCAAGAAGAUCUUUUGGGGAAUCUUUGACUCUCUGUCUCAGAAGAAGUAUGAGCAGGAUCUGUUUAAGAUGGCCAUGCCGUGUCUGAGUGCCAUCGCUGGAGCUCUGCCGCCGGACUACAUCGACUCCACGCUCAGCACCACGCUGGAGAAACAGGUGUCUGUCGACACGCAGGGAAACUUCAACCCCAGACCCGUAAACACAGCCAACAUCUGCCUGCCGGAGAAGCUGGAGUACAUCGCAAACAAAUACGCUGAACAUUCCCAUGAGAAAUGGGCUGCUGAGAAGGUGCUUCUGGGCUGGAAACAUGGAGAAAACAUCGACGAGAAAGCAAAAACUCAUCCGAUGCUGAGAUCCUACAAGUCCCUGACAGAGAAGGAGAAGGAGAUGUAUUGCUGGACGGUGCGCGAGUCCUUGAAGAGCAUGUUAGCGAUGGGCUGGAGCAUCGACCGCACCAGAGAAGAAGACAGCGUGUUCCAGCAGAGAGAGAUGGAGAAGAUGCGCCGCAUCUCACAGGCCUCUCAGGGUAACGGCUUCAAUCCAAACCCGCUGGACAUGAGCAGCGUCCUUCUGUCCAGAGAACUGCAGUCGAUGGUUGAGGUCGUAGCUGAAAACUAUCACAACAUCUGGGCCAAGAAGAAGAAGAGUGAUCUGUGCAGCAGAGCCACAGGAGGAGCUCAUCCGCUGCUGGUGCCCUACGACACGCUCACGGCCAAAGAGAAGACCAGAGACCGCGAGCGAGCGCAGGAUCUCUUCCGCUUCCUGCAGAUCAACGGAUACGCCGUCAGCAGGCGUCUGAAGCACAUGGAGCAGGACUCGUCUUCGAUGGAGAAACGCUUCGCCUACCGCUUCCUGAAGAAGCUGCUGAAGUACGUGGACUCGGCGCAGGAGUUCAUCGCUCACCUCGAGGCGAUGGCUACCAGCGGAAAGAAUGACAGAUCGCCACAUGAACAGGAAAUCAAGUUCUUUGCUAAGGUGCUCCUCCCCCUCAUAGACCAGUACUUUAAAAACCACUCGCUCUACUUCCUGUCGUCACCCACUAAGAAUCUGAGCAGCAGCGGAUACGCGUCGAACAAAGAGAAGGAGAUGGUCACCAGUCUGUUCUGUAAGCUGGCCACUCUGGUUAGACACAGGAUCUCUCUGUUUGGAAGUGACUCCACCACGAUAGUCAGCUGUCUGCACAUCCUCGCACACACGCUGGACACCAGGACUGUGAUGAAGUCCGGAUCGGAGCUGGUCAAGGCCGGUUUGAGGACGUUCUUUGAGAGCGCGGCUGAAGAUCUGGAGAAGACGCUGGAGAACCUGAAGCUGGGGAAGUUCACGCACUCCCGCAGUCAGAUGAAGGGCGUCUCGCAGAACAUCAACUACACCACAGUGGCUCUGCUGCCCAUCCUGACCGCUCUGUUCGAGCACAUCACUGAACACCAGUUCGGCUCCGACCUUCUGCUGGAUGAUGUGCAGGUGUCGUGUUAUCGGAUCCUGACCAGUUUAUACUCGCUGGGGACGGGGAAGAACAUCUACGUGGAGAGGCAGCUGCCGGCGCUGGGGGAGUGUUUGGCGACUCUAGCCGGUGCGAUGCCCGUGGCGUUUCUGGAGCCGCAGCUAAACACACACAACCCCUGCUCCGUCUUCAACACCAAGACGUCUCGAGAACGAGCUCUGGUCGGGCUGCCGGAGUCGGUGGAGGACGUGUGUCCUGAGAUGCCUCGUCUGGACGGUCUGAUCAAGGACAUCACUGACGUGUCAGAGUCCGGCGCGCGCUACACAGAGAUGCCGCACGUCAUCGAGGUGGUGCUGCCCAUGCUGUGUAAUUAUCUGUCGUACUGGUGGGAGCGAGGCCCGGAGAACCGUCCCCGUCCCGCAGGCGUCUGCAGCAGCACCGUCACCUCCGAACACCUCAGCCUCGUCCUCGGGAACAUCCUCAAGAUCCUCAACAGCAACCUGGGCAUCGACGAGGCCUCCUGGAUGAAGCGCAUCGCAGUGUACGCUCAGCCCAUCAUCAGUAAGGCGCACGCUGAUCUGCUGAAGACACACUUCUUGCCGACGCUGGAGAAGCUGAAGAAGAAGACGGUGAAGGUGGUGUCGGAGGAGGAGCUUCUGAAAGCUGAUGGGAAGGGCGACACCCAGGAGGCGGAGCUUCUGAUCCUGGAUGAGUUUGCAGUGCUGUGCAGAGAUCUGUACGCCUUCUACCCCAUGCUCAUCCGCUACGUGGACAACAACAGGUCUCGGUGGCUGAAGGAGCCGGACACAGAUUCCAACGAGCUCUUCAGGAUGGUCGCAGAGAUCUUCAUCCUGUGGUGUAAAUCACACAACUUCAAGAGGGAAGAGCAGAACUUUGUGGUUCAGAACGAGAUCAACAACCUCUCGUUCCUCACCGGCGACAGUAAAACCAAGAUGGCAAAGUCAUUCCUCCCCAAGGCUGGUGGUCAGGAUCAGGAGCGGAAGCAUAAGAAGCGCCGUGGAGACUUUUACUCCGUCCAGACGUCUCUGAUCGUGGCGGCGCUGAAGAAGAUGCUUCCCAUCGGUCUGAACAUGUGCACGCCGGGAGACCAGGAGCUCAUCCUGCUGGCUAAGACACGAUACGGCCUGAAGGACACAGAUGAAGAGGUGAAGGAGCACAUCAGACAGAACCUGCACCUGCAGGAGAAGUCGGCGGAUCCGGCUGUUCAGUGGCAGCUCAACCUCUAUAAGGAUGUGAAGGUGAAGACAGAUGACACUCUGGAUCCGGAGCGGAGCAUUGAGAGAAUCCAGAGCAUCUCAGCCGCUGUAUUCCACCUUGAGCAGGUUGAGCAGCCGUUGCGCUCUAAGAAGUGUGUUUGGCAGAAGUUGUUGUCUAAGCAGCGGAAGCGAGCCGUUGUGGCGUGUUUCAGAAUGGCUCCGCUCUACAACCUGCCCAGGUAACACAUCUGGAACAGUCUGGCUGUCAUCGUGACAUUUGAUUCAGAUCGGUCAGUAC